UUCGCUCACAUCUUCACCAUUGCGAUUUGCAGCAGUUAACAGUGGUCUCCUUUUAACUCGUACAAAAACCUAAUUUUCACCAUGUCUUCUACUCCGAACCAAGCCGCCGAGGCCGCUAAGCUGAUGAAGAACGCUUCCGCCUUCCUUCUGGACAUUGAGGGAACCACCACGUCAAUUUCUUUCGUGAAGGACAAACUCUUCCCUUAUGUUCGUGAAAACCUGGCCACAUACCUGAAGGAAAACUGGGCAGAGGCGAGCUUCCAAGGGGUUCUCAAGAAGCUGGUGGAGCAAGCCAAGGCUGAUGUAGAAGCUAAGAUGGAGGGCGCUGUCGCCCUUGACGAUGAAGAGGAGUCUCCUGAGAAGGCCCAGGAUGCAGUCAAGAACAAUGUUCUCUGGAUGAUGGACGCUGACCGCAAGGCUGGAGCUCUAAAGCUGCUUCAGGCUCAGAUGUAUGUCAAGGGCUACGAAGCUGGAUCACUUAAGGGACACCUCUACGAUGACGUGGAGCCCCAGUUCAAGAAGUGGAAUGAAGAUGGAAAGAAGAUUUACAUUUACUCUUCAGGAAACGUGGAAGCACAGAAGUUGCUCUUCAAGAAUUCUGAGGCAGGCGACGUCAGCGCCUUGAUUGCCGAUUACUUUGAUACUGAUAUGGGAGCCAAGGUUGAAAAGGAAAGCUACACAAAGAUUGCUGAAAAGAUUGGCAAGCCGAUCGGAGAGGUGCUUUUCUUCACUGACAUCGUGAAAGAGGCUGAUGCCGCUACUGAAGCGGGCAUGCCAGUCAUUUUGUUGGAGAGGGAAGGAAACGCUCCUUUGACUGAGGCAGACAAGACCAAGUAUACAGUCAUCUCUAGCUUCAAAAUCGAGGUUGAGGAGGAAGAAGUCCCUGCCAAGAAACAGAAACUCGAUGUAGAUGCGAAACCAGCAGAAGAGGAAAAGAAGGCUGAAGAGGAGACAAUGGAAGUGCAGCUAGAGGAAAAAAAGGUGGAAGAGAAGGAAACUGAGACGGAGAUCAGUGAAGAAAAGAAGGAGAGCAACAGCACAAAUGGUGUUCACCACAAAAAUGGAACUGAGGAGAAGACAAAUGGAUCAGAAGAUAAGUCAAACGGAGAGGAGAAGGAGUCAAAUGGAACAGAGGAGAAGACUAACGGUGAGAGCAAGGAAGAGGAGAAAUCCGAGGAAUCGGCUGCUCAGAAGACUGUCUCACCGACCAAGAAGGUUGUGACGGACGAAGCGGCCGGCGAUGCUCCUCAAGUCGCCGCAGAAUAAGUUGACCAAGUUCUCAGGCACCAGCUGUUCUCUCAUUUCUCAUUGGCUGCUGCCUGUACCCGAUAGUUACUAAGAAUUUUAUCAGUGUCACAUUUUUCCACUUGACUGUAAAGGUUGUGAGAGAGGAAGAGCAGCGAGGCAUACCUACAACGCAAUUCGCCAGAUAAGACCGAUCACCCCCAUUGUAGCUCAUAAGCACAACAUGAUUGCUUUUAUGUGUAUUUUUGGUAUAUAACAAAGUCGUCACCUUGCUGCCUGGUUCGCAGUAAGUAUUCGGAACUGCCAGGGUCUUCCAUCGAAACUGCUCAAAAUUGCAACCGUCUGCUAACGAAGGUGUGUGCUCUCUGUGCUUAUUUUUGUAAGUUGAUUUGUUCCUCAUUAAGGCUUAGUUUAGUUUGCAAGAGUGAUUUUUCAGUAUUCAUGAUAAUUUCUAAAGUAUACGCGCACUGGAAUCUCAAGUUUCUGAUGUGACACCUAGGAUUCUUUAACGCAUUAAUAGCUCCUGACACAACAAGCUCACUCAAGUGCAGCACUUUUAAUUAUAGGUGGAUUCUGGAUUCCUACUUAACAGCGUGAUUUUGUAGCUAAUCUACCAUUCCAUUUUAAUUUAUGUCUCUGUACACAAAUGUACCGCCUCUUUUGAAAUAAAAUCGUAGUAAGCAUAUAUA